GUAGGCAGAUGAUGUGGCAGGAAUCAUGGUAUCUAGGUGAGGCGCUCACUGGGACAGCCACACCAACGCGGGGGGUUGCUAACCUACCCCUGCAUCUGCCGUUUUGCGGCGCACUUGCGCUAGAGAAGCUCCCCCUUUCCGCCAACCCCUCACCACCUUUAGGUCCUCUCCAUCACUGGCCGAAACUUGCGACACCAACGACUGCCUAGCCACAUCAUCGCGGCAGCCUCACCCUUGAUUCUCCAAAAAAACAGCCGCAACCUCGUCUGGACCUCGACCUCGACCUCGAUCACCCAAAGAGCCUCUUCCCCUUAGAUUCUAGCCCUCAAGAUCCUGCAACGCCCCCUCAACAAGCAACAAACUGUAGCAUCAAGGCAACAAACAAGUCGCCCACAAUGGCAACGCAGUACGAAAUCGAGCACAACAUCAAGCCCGGGCCCUCGACCCAGGAAGGGACCCGCCGCAUCGACAUGUCCUCCUUUACCUCCUUCCUCACAAACCUCACCACAGCCGACGCGCCCUCGGCAGACCGCCACACGAACCCACAUGCGACGCCUACCCCCGUUGACGCCGCCGCUCUCUACCACCUCCUCCAACAGCAGUUCCAGACACUCUUCUCCACCGCCCCCAACGCUGACAACGCCCGCUUUCUGUCGGGCCUCGUCGAAGCCCUCGAGCGCGACAUCGCCAGCCCUCCCACCGAGAUCCCCGGCGUCUCGCAGGAGUAUCUCGACUCCCUCGAACGCGUCCCCAAGAAGGCGCUUCGCGAGGACGAGGCCUGCCCCAUUUGCGCCGAGAAGUUUCUCGACGACCGCUACCCGCUCGUCGUCGAGCUGCCGUGCCACAGCAGCCACCGAUUCGACCUUGAGUGCGUGAGCCCCUGGCUGCGCAGCAAGGGCAGCUGUCCCAUGUGCCGCAAGGACCUGACCAAGAAGAAGGAUCAGAUCGUCGUGCCAGACGAUGACGAGGACAACGACGACCCGGAUGGGUUGUAUGCAUAGAUUGGGUUUGCGUCCAGUGGGCGGGAAUCGGCUAUGCUUGGAGAAAAAGACAGCGUGGGGCAUCUGCUUGGGCGGGUAGGGACAGGGUGAGAGAGGCAGAGACGGGCGAACGGCAGAGUGACAGAAGACACGGAACGGGGUCCGGAGUUUGGUUGGAGUUGGAAGGGGGCUGCAUUUGAUAAUCCCUCUGCUUUUCACGACGGCCGUUACAAAACAAACCAGAAAACAGCCCGGAAUACAUCUUCACAUUUGUUCAGUCGCCACGCAAUCGAUCGGUGUCGAGACGCAAACGCAAGUUCGUUGUCCGCCCCUGGUGCUGAUGAUGCUACACUAGUACAUGCCUGUCGAUUUGUUCAUCAUUCUCCUCUCAGAUAUCUCGACCGACCGCCGCCCGCUGCAUUCACCAUCGGUCGCCCUUUGUGCCCCAGCAUCGCAUGCCGCACUCAGUUCUUCCCGUCCUUGGCCCCGCCGCCGGCGCCGCUCCUGCCCCCCUUCCUCACCUCCUCGCCGGCGCCGCCACCGCCGUGCGGCUUGUCGCCCUGCGGCUUGGACGCCGCCUGGUUCGCGCCCGAGA